AUGAAGUUUGAAGAAAAGUUUGAGGGCACUGGGAGCCUUGUAGAAAAGUGUCAGCCAUACCUAGACCAAAUACAUCAGGCAAAUGGAAAACCAGUAGCAAAUGGGAAAGCCGAGGCCUAUGUAAGGCAGGAAGUAAAUGGCAAGAGCAAUGUGCUCAACAAGAGUCUCACUUACACCUGGGAGGAAAUCCAGAGACACAAUCAGGAGGCCGACCAGUGGCUGGUGAUUGAUCACAAGGUUUACAAUGUUACAGACUGGGCAGACAAGCAUCCAGGUGGGCACCGAGUCCUCAACCACUAUGCUGGGGAAGAUGCCACGCCACAGUUGGUGGCAGAUUUCCAAGAACUGCACAGGAGAUUGAAGGCUAUGAACAUGUUCAGUGCCACAGCAAGGUUCUUCUUCAUCCACCUUGCUCAGAUAUUGAUUUUGGAAGUAGCAUGGCUAAUACUGCUUUAUUUCGGCAAUGGUUGGACUGUUACAAUAUUCAUUUCCUUUCUUCUCACAGUUUCUCAGGCUCAGAGUUCUUUUUUGCAGCAUGAGGGACACCUUUCCAUGUUUAAGAAGUCCAAGUGGAACCACCUGAUGCAGAAAUUCGUGAUGUGUCAUCUCAAGGGCCUGUCAGCCAAUUGGUGGAAUUACCAACACUUCCAACAUCAUGUAAAACCAAACAUCUACCCCAAAGACCCAGAUAUUGACGUGGGCCCACUUUUUCUGCUGGGGGAUUCACAACCUGUCAAGUAUGGCAAGAAGAAAAUCAAAUACAUUGACUAUGAAAAGCAGCACCUGUACUUCUACAUGGUUGGGCUGCCCCUCCUCGUGCCUAUAUAUUUCAAUCUCCAAUCCGUGCAAGUCAUGUACCUUCGAAAGUAUUGGGUGGACAUUGCCUGGGUCAUCAGCUUUUACAUUAGAUAUUUCAUCACAUUUGGUCCUUUCUAUGGAAUUUUUGGAACUGUGCUGCUCAUAUUUUUCAUCAAGUUUCUUGAAAGCCCCUGGAUUGUGUUUGUUACCCAGAUGAGCCAUAUACCAAUGAAAAUGAGUGGAGAGGAGAAUCGGGACUGGCUCAGCACUCAGGUCUUGGCCACCUGUAAUAUUGAACAGUCCUUUUUCAACAAUUGGUUCACUGGGCACCUGAACUUCCACACUGAGCACCAUUUGUUCCCCACAAUGCCACGCCAUAAUUAUCACAAAGUGUCACCUCUGGUGAAGUCACUGUGUGCCAAGCAUGGGUUACAGUAUGUGAGUAAGCCCAUGUUGAAGGCAUUUGGAGAUAUUGUCAGGGCCUUGAAGAAAUCUGCAACCCUAUGGAUGGAUGCUUACUAUGAGUAA